UGGUCUGGGGAACCAUGCCGCUCCGAGGCAACCGAACUAUCACAAGGAAUGGGAUGCAACAUGCAGGCCCUUUAUAGCUUACGAAAGCCCUCAUAAAUCUGGCCCCCUUGGAGAAUAGGAAAUACAAAAUAAUAUAAAAUAAGGGAAAUAAUUAGCUUUCAUUGAGCAGAUAAGCCUGGGCAUUUUGGGGGCAUGCACCGUGCGUUCUCGUUCCCGGUGACGGUGGAGCGCACUCGGACCAAGGAGCGCCUGGAGGCGAGUCUGGCCGGGUUGUGUGAGCUGGAGCUCCGCAAGCAGCGGCAGGAGUGCCUGGUACUCGGGGCGCUGGCUCUGGGAGACCCACUGAUCCAGGACACCUCCAGAGGAGAGCUGUCGUGUUUCAGCAGCUGGGGGCAGGAAAACUUGACACUGAGGCGUCAGCUGAGUGCUCUUCAGAGUUCCCCAUGGGGCCUGAUGCAGGCGCUGGAGCAGCAGGUGGGAGAGCUGAGGAUCGACACCGACAAUGGCUGCUACGAUGGAGUUCAAGGAGACACGGGUGACAGUCGGCCGAGUUCUGGUUUCUAUGAGUCGAGUGAGGGACAGUCACCGAAAGGAAGAUCUUGUUCCACUGAGCCUACAGAGACGCUCUCCUCCUGGGCUUACACCAACGACAGGCCAAAGUCUGUGGGAGACCCCCUCAUGCUGAAUGGAGAAGUGGAUAUGCCAGUCCUACACACCACCCUACCCCGCUCUUUCUCUGCCCCGUACCCACCACUGGAGGGAAUCGCAGAGGAGGGAACAGCAAUGGACUCCUGGCAGUGGGACAUCAGUGGAGGUAACCAAACCUGGCAACAGCAGCAGCCUACAGAGGACCAGAUCACCAAGGAGGACUACCAGCAGGCAUUGAGGGUAGAGGGCUACAUCCUAAGUCUCAUCCACCGUCACACCCUCUCACCACGGCCGUGUCAGCCUCGCACCACGCUGAGCCCCGACCCCCCAUACUGCAGUGCCUCCGGACACAGCUCUUUACACAGGAGAACUCCCUCUCUUACCACAGAGCAACGCCUUCCUGACCCCCAUCUUCAGCCCCAAGUUGACCUAUUGGCAAACCCUAAUAGCCAGAGCUGGGGUUGUGACCUGCUAGAGGGAGAGGCCCCAUCUUUGGAGGAGGACUGUUAUCUGGCUCUGCCCUACCCCCAGUCCAGGCCACACUCCCUGGCCGGGAGGCUACCGUCACCUCUGCCCUCCCUGGACCCCAACUGUGGUGUUGGGGCUCUUAACCUUUGUUGUGAACAGUCAUCCCCCCAGCAUUAUCUACAUCCACAACCCCCGAUUCAUCACAAGCACAGUCUAGUAAGUGCUCAGUAUAUCGCUGGACAAGCCUGUCAUGCCCCUGUGCGCUCCCCCAGACACUAUAAUCCAGAGCAGCCUAAGCCCAACCGAGCAGCCACCUCUCCUGACCAUCCCAACCCCAAGUCCAGAACAUCUAAGAAGAGCCACAAUGAGCGGCAGAGAUCCAAGAAAUCAAGCAGUAAAACCAGUCGAUCCCAGUCUGAGAAUAGCCUUCUUGCCCAGCGGAUGCUGCCUGAGCGCAGGUACAGCACCACCGAGAGGCACCAAGGCAGAGGGGAUCCGGCUCAGAACCAAGGCCAAGUUGCUGGGCUCCAAGCGGGCAACGACAGCAACAAUGUGAGUCGACGCUGGUGCUCCAACCUUGAGCUCAGCCAAGACGAAGGGGAGACGCAUGCAGGUCAAGCACAUAGACGACCACCUCGAAAAGCUCGCCAUGGUCAUUCUUAUCCCCACUCUCAACCUCAGAACUACCACCAGCAGCAACAGCAGCGCUGGCACCCAGACUUUCAGGAGAGAGCACCACUCUGUCAGGGAGAGGAGGGCUAUGCAGGUGCUACCCCUGCAGAGUCUGAGUCCAGCAUGAGUGAGGUGUAUUCCCCAGCUUCCAGCUCUCUGUCCAGUGAUUCAGAUGAAAGUGGGGGGCUGGUGUGGCCCCAGCAGCUGCCACCACGCCUUGCUUCUACCUCCUCCUCAUCUUCACCCUCACCACAGGCUACUGCCAACGCCCCCUCUCAGCCAAAGGCCUUCGUCAAGAUUAAAGCGUCCCAUGCUCUCAAAAAGAAGAUCCUCAGAUUCCGCUCAGGAUCCCUCAAAGUCAUGACCACUGUGUGAAACCUUCACUGUGUUGUAAAGCCAUCAUCAUCUUUUGGUCACCACUCAUAUGUUGAAUAAUGGAUCCAGUCUUUCUACUCUACCUACCUCUGAUUACAGCAUGAUAGGGAGAGAUAUUCCCAUUGAUGGACAUGAUUAAAGAUCUUUUGUCAGUAGUAUCUGGUUGGAUUUAUCUUGUAGCUGACAACCAUCAGACACCAGACUAAUGGGCAUUAUCCUCUUCUAAUUGAUGAUAACUGAUGUGAUGCCAAGUUACACUGUGUUGACAUGGACCAUGCUGAAGCUAAUUGGCUUGAUAUGCUGCCAUAUUUUCUUGAUGUCUGUUGGAGUCUUAGUUCCUACAGUGUAGAGUUUGACAAGUACAAGUCUACGUCACCACAUCUCUUGAAAUCAAAACAAGUGUUUUUUGGCACUGACCUGUCUAAAAAACUAGAAACCUUUUAUGAUACAAAUAUAUGUCUACCUUUGGUUCUCUCAACCACAAAAUUCUCAAAAUCCAUGGCCUGAAAGUGAAUUUCUAAGCAGGGAAUCAGAGUUUAUUUCUCAUUAUGUUUUGCUCUGCCUCUUUGUCAACUGUGGAUUCACACUGAAGUGAACUGUCCACUACCUCUUUUCCUCUGCCGGCUGCUUUAGGGACCAAUCAUUAUAAACAGAUGUGUGUGAGUCACGAAUGGGGUUUUAGGGGCCAUAGUAAGGGACUAGUGUAGAUGCAUGGAUGCACAUACUGUAUGUAUAAGUGCACAGGGACACAGACUUACACACUCUUGUAAAUAUGAGAUAACCUGUAUAUACCAUCAUGUGGCCUUGUUUGGAAUGAAUGUAGUUUGUAAAUAAAUUUUGCUCUUAAUUUUGGUACUGUAACACAUUUUUAUUUUUUUGUGUAUUCUUGAAA